UUGACUUUUAGUAAUUGCUAAGAUGUCGUCCUCCACUACCGAAGAAUUGGUCAUCGUGUAGGAAAAUGGAAUAUGUGUUACGCUCAUCUUUUGUGACAUGUUCAAUCUUAUUCGGAGCAUGGUCGUACUCAUAUAUUCAGAGAUCAAAUGAAGAAAUGAGACAGAUGUUGCUGAAAAAAGGAUAUAUGGACGAAAAUAAUCAGUUAAAAUCCAAGGCUAUGAAAAAUAUCCUAGGGAGUGAUUCUUUUGGUCCAAGAAAAAAUCAUAUGGAUAAUAAAGAGAAAGCCCAAGAAAUUUGAUUGCUGACAACUCUAAUUAUAUCUUUUCAAAACACUUUUUGUCGCCUUCUUCUAAAAUGAGGCCUCUCCAGUUAACAUUAGCUAUUUUCAAACCAGAUGUGUCAGCUCAACCACACAUAGUAAGGGAAAUUCAGAAAAUCCUUUUAACAAAUGGUUUCUAUUUUGUAAAAUCUAAGGAUUUGUAUCUGCCUCGCAAAAAGGCUGAAGAAUUUUAUAAGGAACAUGAGGGAAGGUUUUUUCAUAACAGACUUGUAAGUUUUAUGUCAAGUGGUGGAAUCUCGGCACAUAUUUUGGCCAGAGACAACGCAAUACAGGAAUGGAGAAAACUGAUGGGACCUACCAAAGUUUUUCAGACAGUGCAUUCACAACCAGAUAGUAUCCGUGGACAGUUUGGAUUGACAGAUACCAGGAACUCCACCCACGGAUCAGACUCUAUGGAAUCGGCUCGAAAGGAAAUGAAAUUUUUCUUUCCUGAGUUUAAUGUGGACCAUUGGUACAAAGAGAAGGAGCCAUUUUAUCGAAAUGGAAAUGUUUCAUAUUGUGAAGAAACAGGAAUACAUGUUGAAGCAGAAACAAGUGCUUCCACUAUGAAACAAGAAAUGUCUUAAAUGUUUUUAUCAGGCUGUAUGAAUAAUAAUGAGAUACAUGUAGGGGCACAGUAUCUGAUCUUAUGUUUGACCUCUAAAGGUGUCAUUGAGUGGAGCAAACUUAAUUUUGCUAAGAUGUAUAUUAGCAGCUGUACGAGACGGAAAUGCAAGUAGGUUCCCUUCAAUGAAUAGAUAAAGAUCAGACCAUAUCUGAAUAAGCUGAUUAUUCAGUUAUACGGGCUAGAGAGUAGAUAUAAUCCUGAUAUUUCUGCUGAUACAUCUAUAUGAGUGAGAUAAUUGAUGAAUUAUGUUUUUUAGGUCACCUGAGACAAAGUCUCAAGUGACCUAUUCUAAUCCCCUUUUGUCCGUCGUCGUGCGUCGUCCGUCGUCCGUCGUGCGUCCGUAAACAA